AUGCCGCUCAUACGAUCCGCUAGUAUUAACUUGUUCGUCGAAAUUCUUCUUCGAAUUGCUUUCCUGUCAACUUUUUGCUACAUGGAAUCCAUGACACCGUUUACUCGCGUCAUCCAGCCAUCUGAACUGCAUGACAACUGUAAAUUUCCGCGCCACGACUCAUACGUGCCAACGAGUACACUCUGGAGUAUAGUCUUGUCGGUCCCUUGUGUGCUGUCGUUGCUUGCUUGGGCGUUCUGCAGCGAUUGUAAUGAUGCUUUAGAGUUCCUCCUGGCGUGGUCAUUGUCACUUGGAAUGACCGGUGUUCUGACAGACACUGCAAAACUUAUAGUAGGUCGACCUCGUCCCGAUUUCUUCUACAGAUGCUUUCCAGAUGGCGUGGAAACGCCUGAUCUCAAGUGCACGGGAGACGCAGCCGAUAUUAUGGAGGGUAGAAAGUCUUUUCCCAGCGGACACAGCAGUUUGUCCUUCUGUUCACUCGGUAUUGCGUCGUUGUGGCUCUGCGGACGCCUCGGAGUGCUGUCCCGCGGGAGAGGGUCGGGACUUCGAAUCUCGGUGACAUUAGCGCCGUUAGUUAUAGCGUCCUGCAUCGCGUUGUCGCGCACUUGCGACUACCAUCAUCAUUGGCAAGAUGUCCUAGUCGGUUCCAUUUUAGGUCUUUCGGUGUCAACGUUUUGCUACCGUCAAUACUACAAUCCGCUAACGUCAGACCAGUCCGGGAUUCCGUACAUCGUAUCUGGAUCCAGCUUGAAGUAUUUCAAUGGGAAACCGGAUAUCAGUCCCACUAAGGACACGAGAGAGGAAACAUCGCCGUUGUUGAAGAAGGAGGAUAAGUGGAUAUAA